AUGUGUGACGCCUCCAAUUAUGCAGUAGGAUCGGCGCUGGCUCAACGUGAUGGUAAGGACCCUUUUAUUAUUGCCUAUGCAUCUAAGACCUUAGACACUGCUCAGUCAAACUACACUACCGCUGAAAAGGAGCUUCUGGCUAUAGUUUUUGCUCUGGAUAAAUUCCGAGCCUACUUAGUUGAGGUGUCUAACAGAGAGAUAGAGUACAUUUUAGAGAAGAUAGUCAAGCCUCAUAGGAAGGACUGGAGCACACGGCUUGUUGAUACGCUUUGGGCUUUUCGGAUGGCAUACGUACCCAUAGGAAUGAGCCCCUUCCGCUUAGUGUACGGAAAGGCUUGUCACCUCCCAGUGGAGGUGGAACACAAGAUUUUCUGGGUUGUAAGAGAAUGCAACAUGGGAUUUGAGAAGGCUGGCACUGAAAGGAAGCUGCAACUGGCAGAACUAGAGACCCUUCGACUCGAAGCAUAUGACAACUCCAGACUAUACAAAGAAAAGGUGAAGGCUGUGCAUGACAGGCAUAUCAAGAUAAGAGAGUUCAGACCUGAGGAGCUAGUCCUCCUUUACAACUCAAGGCUGUGGCUCAUGCCAGGCAAGUUGAGAUCACGGUGGGAAGGCCCCUACAGGGUAGAAAAGGUAGAGGCAUACGGAGUCUUCCACCUAAGUCAUCCUUCAAGUUCCAAAUUCAUUAAGGUCAAUGGACAUCGCUUAAAGUUGUAUCAUGGUGAGAAGAUGAAGGAAACUAAAGAGCUAGAGGUCUUCCUCUUGGAGGACCCACCAAGAAAAGCAGAUUAA